AUGAAUAAACGACGGCUUAGUACACCUAAGCUCGUUAUUCCUCGACGCAGAACCAAAUCACAAAAUUUAUCACCAAGUUCCCUUAAGCCUCUACCUGAUACUCUUCCUAAUGUUAAAACUCAACCCGUUUCUGAUCCAGAAAUGGAAAAUAUCAAAGUAUCAUAUACAUCACAUCGUAAUUUUUCUAAAAACGAUAUAGAAAUCGUAUUUUCAAAACCAUUUCCUGAAUUACCCCCAAAAGACUGCAAAUUGUAUUUCAAAAUUAAAUGUAACGAAUGCGCAAAAAUUUGCGAUUUCUCGAAUCCGAACAAAGAUACCCAAGCCAAGGCAAAUAAAAUAUCUCUCCUAAGGCAUAUCAUAUCAAGUUACCAAAUACCUCAUAUUGCGAGGUCGUUAUCUCAAGAUCUAAUACAGGAAUUCUACAAUAUGAUUAGCAGUAAUUUAUUUCGCGAGUUUCCACCUGUUAAAAUCAUCGAUCUCCAUGACGGAUCAAUCCCAGAUGUCCAGGAUGCUUCUUGGACACAUUUAUCUAUCAUUUACGAAGCGCUAAAUGGAAUGAUAGAUAUAAGUAACGCUCCAGACUUCCCACCUAACUUUAUUGCGAAUAUUGCAAGAAAUUUUUACUCAUUUGAUAGUCGCGAAAGGCAGCAAGUCUGCAAUACACUAAUAGCCAUAAGCAAUAAAUUUCCUCAAUGCAGAGUCCAUAUAAGAAAACGUAUCGUUGACAUUUUAUCUUCGAAUUAUUGCGCUUCAGCAAUUCUCGAUUGGAUGCUCAGUUACGCUAAUGGAUUAAGCAUACCAUUAAAGCAAGAUUCCAUUGACAUGUUUAUGAAAGUUUUACUUCCAUUACAUACUUUACCAAAUUUCUGCGAUUAUUCAAAACAAAUACAAGUUCUGAUGUAUACAUUCAUUGUUAAGCAGCCAGAGCUAUUCGCCUACGUCGCAAAUUUUAUAAUUGUUCAUUGGCCAAUUGCGAACGUUUAUAAGCAAGUUGCAUUCAUUGAUGAGCUCGAUAUUAUAUUCUCCAAGUACUCACAAGCCAGUCAGACGCAACAUUUCCAAAUGUUCUUUAAAUUUUUAUGCAAUUUAUUAUCAGAUCAAAGUUACCAAGUAACUGACAAGGUUAUGACUGUAUUAUCGAAUAAGGGAUAUUAUCCAAUCAUUAAAGACCACUCAAAUGGUAUAAUUUUCAAUUUAGUUACAGCAUUACUUGAUACAUCUGCAAACCAUUGGAGUACUGAUGUUCGGAAGAAGUCCUGUACAUCACUAGCGUUAUUAGAAUCAUACGACGCUAACAGUUAUAAGAAAUCAGUUGAAGCCCAAAAAAUUAUGAACACAAGAAGGAAAGCACAGUUAGGAUUAUGCAAAUCAACAUGGCAAAGAGUAAUUGAUGAGGCAAGAAGUAAUAAUAAGUCAAUUGCUCAUGUUAAUAUUGAUCUUGUUGAUUAG